AUGAGUGAAACGAACGAAUUUAGUGGGAAAGUAGUCAUAAUAAGCGGUUCGAGUAGUGGUAUCGGAGCCGGGAUUGCCAUACAGUUCUCCAAAGCCGGCGCUCAUGUAGUGGUCACUGGACUUGAAGACGACAAAGUGGCAGAAGUGGCCAAACAGUGUCUCCAAUGCUCACCAAAUGGUUUAAAACCACUGGAAGUGGUCGCAGAUAUCACCAAAGAUGAUGACUGUAAACGACUUAUCGAUUUAACGAUUGAAACAUUUAGCAAAAUUGAUAUUCUUGUGAACAAUGCGGGCAUUUGCUUAUUCUCCACUAUUGAUGACAUUAAUAUUGCGGCCAAUUAUGACAAAAUAAUGAACGUAAACAUGCGGUCAGUCGUCUAUUUGACACAUUUAGCGGUUAAACACUUGGAGAAAACGAGAGGAAACAUAAUUAUCACUUCAAGUGUCGCCAGUCGUAAAAUUUUUCCGAUGUGUUUCCUCUACAAUAUGUCUAAAAGCGCUGUCGAUAUGUUCACCAGAUGUAUGGCACUUGAAUUGGGACCAAAAGGCAUUCGUGUCAAUUCAGUCAAUCCCGCGGCUGUCAAUACCAAUAUAGCGAUUGCGAUGGGAUUGAGUCGACCAUUAAUUGACCAGAUGUUUGCCGAUCAGGAGAAGUCAAUUCCGAUGCAAAGACAGGGCACGCCUAUCGAUGUGGCCAAUGCUGUCCUAUUCUUGGCGUCAGACAAGUGCUCAUUUGUGAACGGAUCCAACUUUUUCGUCGAUGGCGGUGAUGCUGGAAAAGUUGUUGUGAUCACGGGUUCGAGUAGUGGUAUCGGAGCGGCCGCUGCCCUCCAAUUCUCCAAAUCGGGCGCUCAGGUCGUCAUCACCGGAAGAAACGCUCAAAAUGUGUCAAAAGUGGCGAAAGAAUGUCAAAAAAUAUCGCCGAAAGGAUUGAAAGCAUUGGAAGUUGUAAUGGAUGUCAGCAAAGAUGAGGACUGCAAGCGUCUCAUAGACUCCACAAUCAAAUCGUUUGGAAAAUUGGAUAUUUUGGUCAACAAUGCGGCAAAAGGAGGCUUCAAAUCAAUAUCAGACCCAAAUAUUAUGGACGAAUUCCAGGCGGUUAUGGACACAAACUUACGUUCAGUCGUCUAUUUAACUCAUCUAUCGGUUGAACACUUGGAAAAAACCAAAGGAAAUAUAAUCAACGUUUCAGCCGUCGCUGGAAUACGACCCAGUGCUCUCGAUAUGUUCAGUCGGUGUCUGGCACUUGAAUUGGGUCCCAAAGGCAUCCGAGUUAAUGUUGUCAAUCCGGGAGCCGUGCGAACCAACUUCGGAACGGCAGCGGGUCUCUCAAAACCACAGUUUGAGUUCAUAUUGAAUGCAUUGGGAAAGAGUUACCCAUUGGGAAGAGUGGGUGAAUCCAUUGACAUCGCGAAUGUCAUCCUCUUCUUGGCUUCAGACGAGUCCUCAUUUGUG